CCGCCCCUCUCCCACCCGGCCGGCGGAAGUGCUGUGUCGGGCACUUCCGCUUGUUGUCUGGCUGGUCGUGCGGUGACUGCGUGGAGGCUCUCGGGGCGUCGGCGCCGCCAUGGCCGGCAUCAAAGCUCUAAUCAGUUUGUCCUUUGGGGGAGCAAUUGGGCUCAUGUUUUUGAUGCUCGGAUGUGCCCUUCCAUUAUACAACCAAUACUGGCCUCUGUUUGUUCUGUUUUUUUAUAUCCUUUCUCCUAUCCCAUAUUGCAUUGCAAGAAGAUUAGUGGAUGACACAGACGCUAUGAGCAAUGCUUGUAAGGAACUAGCCAUCUUUCUCACAACUGGCAUUGUUGUCUCUGCUUUUGGACUUCCUAUAGUAUUUGCCAGGGCACAUCUGAUCGAGUGGGGGGCUUGUGCCCUGGUUCUCACAGGCAACACAGUCAUCUUUGCAACCAUCCUUGGGUUUUUCUUGGUCUUUGGCAGCAACGAUGACUUCAGCUGGCAGCAGUGGUAAGAAGGAACUCAGUUACCGGACUCUCCUAAUGCGGACCUCUUGUCAUUUGAUGACCAUCCGUGCCACCCAGAAGCUGGCCGAGAAGAGGAGAUGGUCAAGCAGGCCCCGGGCGGCUGGUCUUCUGGGGACAGACUCUUCUCCCUGCUGCUGGGUGGACUUGCUAAGGGGCUCACAGACUUUUGUUUUUUUCAAAGCUAGGGUGGAUUCCUUGCUUCUCUGCUUUUCCCAGGGGCUUUGCUGAGGUGGGGCAUCCAUCUUAAGGUGUGGUCCCUAUUCAGCAUAGCUCCCUAGGUUAUGCCCUGCCCCCUUUUUAAUGGAAUAAGUACCAUUUGAGUACACCAAGGUAAAAUCUGUCCUCCAAUAGGCCUCCAGAAAUCAUCUCUGAUUCCCAGCCUGGCUCCCGCAUUCUAUAAGUGAUGCACUUGUUCAGACAGGAUGACAGUUCCCAUUGCCAAGCAGCUGUGUUGAUGGUGACAUAUGUGGAAGAAAACAUGGCAGAUGCCAAAGAAUCUGCAGCUGGCCAUACCUCAAGGGGACUGGUGAGCUUUAGGGCCCAUGAAACAUCAUUUGUGGAGUCACUGGGAAGGAGUGUUUGUCGCUCUGUUCAUACUUUCCUUGUUGAACUUCUCUGCUGGACUGCAAGAUGCGAGAAAAGAGAUCUUUUCUGCCUGGUUUUUGUGGGUGUUUCUUGUGCUUACAAAUGGAUUGAGCUACAUUGUGGGGAGCAACUGAUGUUGCGAUUCCAUUUUUAAAGGCCUGUUUCUAUUUAUAUGUAAGAUUUUUGAUCUUGUCAACAGCCUUUCAUGUUUAACUCUAGGUAAGGUGGACAUUUCUGGCACUACUGAUGAGGAGAAGCUUUGUGUUUGCAGCAUCUAGAAAAGAAAGCCUUCUCUCCCCCAUGUCCCUUUUACAAUUUAUUUUAUACAUAGUGUAUCUUAACUAAAAUAACUUUUCAGAUGUAGUUAAAUAAUACUGAAUGACCAGCAUUGCUGUCCUGUGCAGUCAAAGCAUUACAUUUUUUUUCUCCUUGCAAGUCUUGAAAUGAUUUCCCAAGUGAUUUGUUCAUCUCACAGCUCUCGUGUUAAUAAUCUUCGCGUUUAGUCAAUGACCACUGUAGUUAGUGUUCUGUAACCUUAGGUCACAUGUAACUUAAUCUUUAAGACAAGUCUCCUGCAUCCCUCUCAGUGGUCUGAUGGCCAUCCUGCCCGACCUGCCCUUUCCUUAGGCAUUCGUUUUGAUAUGGAUUCAAUUCAUGUAACGUCAUUGGCGGCCUCUGCUGCCACUUGAGACACCAACCUGACCCACAGAAUGCUCAGCUGCAUAUCUCGCCCUUAACUGAGCACGAUCCAAUUGUGUGUGUGUGUGUGUGUGUGUGUGUGUGUGUGUGUGUGUCUCAUUUAUACCUUUGGGUGUACCUGAUGCCUUGGUACUAGGCACAUCAUAGUCACUGUUAAAUCAAACUCGAAAACUUCCAGUUCGUCUGACUAUUCUGUUAGGCCUUUGUUUGUUUUGUUUACUCAGUGUACUGAUGUAUAUACAUAAAAAUGGGUUCAUUCUUAGACAAUGGUGAAUGAUCAUGAUAGUUACUAUUUGCUUUUUUAUCAAUUUUACUCCUAAACGAAGUGGGAACAGAUGUUGGACACGUCCAACUUAUUCUUAUAGAUGUGUAAAAUCACCCUACAUUGUUUUUCUGGCGAGGAUCGUAGGGACAGCUGAUGGGAGGUAGACUAUGUACCUAGCAAGUUUUCAUGUGGCUUCCUGCACCUUCCAUAUCGUGUCCCCCUCCCCUUCAGUGGGGCUGAAAAUGACCUGCAAUGUUAAAAUGCCUCUGACCCAUACUAGUCCCAGUAUGCUGAGUAAAUAUGCAUUAGACAACUGUGGAUGUUAUUGAAACCUUGCCUUGCCUGUGACACCCUCCCCCCUCCCCCUCCAGUCUGUUAGGUCGUGGCCCUUGCCCAUUUUCUGUUGUUCUUCCUCUUAGGUGAGGUCAGGGCAGCUUCUUAUUCCCCCCUGUUUAUUUCCUUGUCCAAACAUUCUUUUUUCUACCUGCUGCACACACUUGUCAUAUUCUAAUUGCGGCAGCAGUGGCAUCAUUGUGUCUCAGAGCUUGCCCACUAGUCUUGACAGAGUGCCGCUGCUGCACUCUAGUUUCUGGCUAAGAUACUUAACAUGUGGCUUUUCCAUAGAAUAUGCAUUGAUAAAGCAUUGCUGUCCAAGAGAGGGAAAACAUUUGAUGACAAAACAAUAAAGAUUUUAAGUUCUUGUUUUUGCUUGA